AUGAACAUACCAACACCGAUCCUCGGCAUCGCACUCGCAUCAUGCUCGAUCAACGCAAACGCAGACAUACUCCUCCUCAUUGACCUCACAGUACCAAACACCAUCACCAUCUCAUCGACCAGCGGUCAAUCCUCCGCAACCGUCGCAGGCACCGACUUCACUGGUGUACUCCUCGCAGACUUCUUCACCGGCUUGGGUACCGGAUUCCUCGAGUCCGCCGGCAUAGGAGACCUCGUCUACAACGGCGACCCUUCCGACGCUACCCCCGGACUCUUCCGCUCCGCAGACAGCGUCGGACUCAACGUCUGGUCACUCGGAGGUAGCGGCAGCUUCACUGAAAACACCGUCGCUUUCACUGGUUCAGCGACCUGGACCGUUGACCCAACCAUCUACGCUGAAAUGCUCGCAAACAACCAUUUCGGAGAUAUCUACGCUCCAGCUGACUCCGACGACGACAUCGCCACCGCGACCCUAAUCGGCCAAUGGGGAUACAUCCCAUCUCCAAGUGCGCUCGCUGUACUCGGGAUCGGUGGAUUUGUGAUGAAUCGCCUCGCAGUCGCAGCAACCGCUUCGGCAGAUGUCCUCAUGAACGUUGACCUCAGCGUCGUCGACCAGAUCACCAUCACCGCAACCGAUGCGGCUUCAUCCGCAGACGCUUCGGGCUCCGACUCCACCGGCGUCCUCCUCGCUGACUUCUUCACCGGCGCAGGCGGCGGAGGAAUCUUCUCCAGCGGCACCGGCGACCUCGUUGCCAACGGCGACUCCUCAGACACCACACCAGGUCUCUUCAACUCGUCCGGCAACUUCGGUCUGAACUUCUGGUCAUGGACCAACGACGCAACCGUGGGAUUCACCACCGGUGCUCAAGCAUUCUCCGGUUCAGCAACCUGGGACAUUGACUCCGACGACUACGCUGACAUGCUCGCAGGCAACACCUUCGGCGACAUCAUCGCAUUCGCAGACACCGACGACGACAUCGGCGUCGUCAUCGGCCAGUGGAAUGUCAUCCCAGCACCAAGUGCAAUGGCACUCCUCGGAGAGUCCAACAUGAAACUCGCAAACACCAUAGCCGCACUAAUCGUCGCGGCCGGCGCAUCGUUCACAAUCGCAGCACCCGUCCCCGGAUCGUUCACAUAUCAGGGCACCCUGAAUGUCGAUGACGAGCCGGUCCAGACUGAUGCGGAUUUCAUCAUCCGCCUCUAUGACGGCGCCACAUUCAUCACCGGCAUCAGCCAACUCAACGUCCCAAUCACCAACGGGCUCUUUGAACUGGACCUGAACUUUGACCCCGCAUACUUCGACGGCACAAACUACGAACUCGAACUCAUCGUCCGUUCACCAGCAGGGGGCGGUGCAUACGAAACCCUAAACCCACGCCAGCUACUCUCAGCAACCCCCUACGCAUACCACGCAAACACCGCGGACACCCUCAUUACCCCAACAAUCAUCAAAGGGUCCGACCCAAGCAACCUCGUCACCAUCCACCUGGACAGCACCGCUUCGGAUGCAUCAGCCCUCCGAGUCACAAGAGGCCUCGGCGGAACCUUCGCCAACAGCCUCGUCGACCGCGUCAUUGAAGCAGAAUCAGAAAACACACCCAUCGGCGUACUCGGACUCGCAAACCAGUUCCCGAUCGCAGGCGUCCUCGGACCAGACACAGCAACAUUCAACAGCGCCGCGGUCCUCGGUCAAAUCUCUUCUGGCGCACCAGGGGGCCAAGCCGCAGUCUGGGCUCUCAACUCCGUCAGCAACAACAACGCAUUGCUCGGCACCGACGACUACUCAGCCGAUCUACAAGGCAAUGUCCGGAUUACCGACGGAGAAAUCACAAAGAACUACACCGUGGGCUCAUACGACCUCGCCACUCCAAUCGCCUACGGCUUUGUCAACUUCGACGGCACCAUCGCCAACGGCACUCCAAACUUCUCGGCCACAUUGAGUACAUCGCCACCAAGAUACGAAAUCGAGAUCGACAACGAAAACUACUUCUAUAACGAAUAUAUCACUGUGGUCACCCCGACCGCCGCGGAUGUCAGCACCCGAACCGACUCAUCCGGCGGACGACUCAUCGUCUACUUCGAAAACACCGACACGCAGACCUAUGCGCAAACAAACUUCCAGUUCGUCACCUUCAAGACAUCCGGACGGCAAAAGAUGAAAAUCCACGAAUACCAAGCACGCGACCUCCUCUCCUCCUUCGGUAUCCCCGUCCCUGCAGGUCAAACAAUCACCAACGCCAACGACGCCGCAAACGCAUACACCGAAGUCACCCAAGCCGCAGGCACCGACCUCGCCGUCGUCAAAGCCCAGGUCUUCGCCGGAGGCCGAGGCAAAGCCGGAUUCGUCAAGCUCGUCCGCUCAGCCGCAGACGCCACCGCCGCCGCAGACUUUAUGCUCUCCAACAAAAUGGUCUCCGUCCAGACCGGACCCGAAGGCCUCGACGUCAACACCCUCCUCGUCGCCGCAGGCGUAGACAUCGCCGACCGCGAACCAGGCAAACCUGACGAGUACUACAUCGCGAUCACCACCGACCGCAACACCCGCCGCAACACCCUCAUCGCCUCGCGCGAAGGCGGCGUCGAAAUCGAACAAGUCGCCGCCGACACACCGGAACUCAUCAUCAAGCAACCGAUCAACCCGCAAAUCGGACUCCAACCAUUCCAAGCAAACGAAGUCGCCUUCAAGCUCGGAUUCAAAGGCAAGCAGGUCCGCCAAGCCGCGAUGAUCAUGCUCAAGCUCUCCGAGCUCUACCACGCGAAAGACUGCUCACUCGCCGAGAUCAACCCGCUCGUCGUCACCCCACCAAACGACACCUACCCCGACGGCCAAGUCAUCGCGAUCGACGCGAAGUUCAACUUCGAUGACAACGCGAUGUUCCGACACAAAGACCUCCAAGCACUCGCCGACCCCACCGAAGAAAACCCAGCAGAAGUCGAAGCCGCCAAGCACGGCAUGUCCUACAUCGCACUCGACGGAAACAUCGGAUGCCUCGUCAACGGCGCCGGACUCGCCAUGGCAACCAUGGACACCAUCAAGCUCUACGACGGCGAACCCGCAAACUUCCUCGAUGUCGGAGGUUCCGCAACCGAAGAAGCCGUCACCGAAGCCUUCCGCAUCAUCCUCUCCGACGCCGCCGUCAACGGCAUCCUCGUCAACAUCUUCGGAGGAAUCAUGCGCUGCGACAUCAUCGCCCAAGGCAUCGUCAACGCCGCCAAAUCCAUCGGAUUCUCCGUCCCACUGGUCGUCAGACUCGAAGGCACCAAUGUCGAAGCAGGCAGAAAGAUCCUCGAAGACGCCGCAGCGGACCUCCCAACCCUGCAAGCCGCAGGGGAUCUGGGUGACGCGGCACAGAAGGUAGUUGCUGCGGUUGGAUAA